UUACAGUCGGUAUAACACAUUAGUUCGUGAUAAGACAAUACCCUUUUUUUAUUUUAUCAUUAUUGUUGUUCGCGUGCAAUAAAUUAAUACCCAAUGAAAUUUUCUUCGUUUUCCGCAAUCUCUUCGUAGCAGAGGUCAUGGCACAGAUGUAAUACAUAAAGUAUAAUAGAGGAGAAGUUGCAGUUCACUAUUAUAAAUAUACCUUAAGUGUAUCCUUAACUAGGACACACAUAAACAACUCGGAUCUGAUUAUUUGUCUUGUCCAUCUGUUAGAUCAUUAAUAUACGGCAAAUGAUAUCUGUUGAAUCGGUAGGCGUUUCGAUUUAUUCCAUACAUUAAGAUUGGUAACCAUGAGAAUGUACUAUUCAGUCAAUGAAUCGUUUUUGGAUGUAGUUCCAGAAAUUGAUCAACAUGAAGUUAGAUAUUCAGCUUAUACAUUAAAGUCAUCUCAGAACCCUCAAAUAGUAAUAACGAAUAAAAGAAAGUAUUUACCAUAUGAUGUUAAGCCAGAUGUUGACUGUGAAUUUGAUUAUGAAGGCGAUAGACCUGAUUAUGCAAGUUAUGUAUUACCAAAUAUAAAUUCAGAACCUAUAGUACACCAAGAAAAUAAUACAUUAUUACCAACAAAAAAAAAGGUAAAAGAAGAGUUAUCAUUGGAUAACAUUUAUUCGACAUUACAUGAAAUUAAAGUUUCAACAAUUCGGAAGAUUUUAAAUGAAAGCAGGGAAGAAUUAACAGAAAUUCUAAAUAAUCCUCCAAAUAAGAAAUCUUUGAGUAUUUCUACUCAAUUUUAUAAAACAAUGUUCAAUCCAGAUCAAAAGUUUUGUAUACUUAUGUCUUUAAGAGAAAUAUUUAAUGUUCCUGUACAUGAAUUCCAAAAUUUUCAACACCUAUACACAUUAGUAGCACCAGAAGCAGCAAUUAUAAUUUUUAAAAAAAAAUUUAAAUUCAAAACUAGAACUCUUGCUGUAAAAAAACUUGUUAUAUUAGAGUUGUUAAAUGUAUCAUUUUAUUCGGAUAAAGCUGCAAAAGAUUUAUAUUGCCUCACCUAACCUACUGGACACCAUAAUAUAUUGUUAUAUUAUUCAACAAAUAUUUGUAUUGUUGAAAAUAAGAAGACUUGCAUUUUAAGCAUGUCUAAUUUGAAGUGUAAUGUUGAUACUUGCCUGGAUUAUUUUCACUAUUUAUUUUUUUAUGGAAGAGGAUAUGUGAAUGUAGAUGAAUUUUAUUUGUAUUACUAUAAGACAUUUUUAGUUGAGUAGGGUAUAAAUAUUUGUCUGUCAUUUAUAUUUUUA